AUGAGGUUCAGAACAGCAGAGGGGGCGCUAACGGAUGCUGCUUCUGCGGGCGGGCCGGCGGGAGGGAGCUCCGGGUCGGGUCCACGCCGGCCGCCAGGCGGGCUCGGAGCUACAAGGGCGCGGCUGCGGGCGGGCCCCGGGGAGGGGCUUCGCGGAGGCGCCGCGGCCCGAGGCGAGCGGGGCCGCCCGGGCUCGGCGCGCAGCGCGGCCCGGCGGGCGGUGGCGCUGCGGAGGCGGCGGCCGAGGCCGGCGGGCGCGGAGGAGGGGCCCGAGACUGGGGCGACCGGCGGCAGCUGCCUCCGUGACGACUGCCGGCAGCGCGGCGGCCUGAGGAGACCGAGCCGCGGGCCCCGGCGUCGCUGCCUCUCCUGGCUGUCUCCUUCUCCUCCUCUCGCGGCAGGGGCGUCAGGAAUGGGCCCCAGCCGCCGCGGGCCCCGCACCCUGCGCCGCCCGUAGGCCCCAGCAGUCGGAGGCCGGCCGGCCGGCCUCUCGCCACCCCUCGCCCCAGCCCUGUCGUCCCCACCCCAAAUCCCCGGGAAGGAAGAUGAGGGAGACGGGCCCGGCGCUCAGCAGCCAGAGAAGCAGCAGCAGCAGCAGCAGC